UGAGAGUUCCUUUACCUCCGGGAAGACCGUGGAUACCUUUGUCUAGACCGAACAAAAAUAUACCAUCGUGUCCGGUAACGGUGAUGUGUUAUAACGUGUUGUGCGAAAAGUAUGCAACCACUCAAAUGUAUGGAUACUGUCCGUCUUGGGCAUUAACCUGGGAGUAUAGGAAGAAAGUAAUCUUAGGCGAAAUAAGACAUUAUACUGCAGACAUUAUUACACUUCAGGAAGUCGAAACGGAUCAAUUUUAUAACUUCUUUUUACCCGAAUUGAAGAAAGACGGUUAUGAUGGUAUAUUCUCACCCAAGUCUAGAGCAAAGACCAUGUCAGAGAAUGACAAGAAACGAGUCGAUGGAUGCGCAAUAUUUUUCCGAGCUAUAAAAUUCACACUGAUCAAAGAACACCUUAUCGAAUUCAAUCAGCUAGCUAUGGCAAAUUCCAGUGGAUCUGAUGAUAUGUUAAAUCGAGUGAUGCCAAGAGAUAAUAUUGGUUUAGCUGCUUUAUUAAAAACCAACGAAACUGCAUGGGAAAAUUCAUUACCAUCAGAAGUUCAACAACCA